AUGAAUGACGAUCAAAUCGCUUGUUUACAGGCAUACAGCGCUCUCAAUAACAAUGUACAAGAGUUGGGUGGUACGAUAUCUGAGCUGAACCACACCGCAACUCUACUGAACGAUCGCAUGAGGGGACUGGAGCGAAGGCUACUAAAGAUCUACACUCCGUUCAGGUCAAGUAUAUACGCAUACAACAGCCUAGCUGAAGAUGAAGGGCAAACAGCCAGCAAACUCCCCGAAAUUCGGACGUCACCCACGAGCACAUUUGCUGCAUUUGUCGCCACAGCCCCUACAUCUGCAUACACCCGUCACCACGAUCAGCAGCCUAGCUCUGGAAUGUUUUCCUCGAAUUGUCCGCAGUUUUGA